AUGCAGUCGAGAUUCCCACAUUUGGGGAAUUCGCAGGUGUUCCUCAGUGACCUCUCAAAGGACGGACCCAGUCCAGAGGAGGAGGUGGUUCAGCCUGACCAGCCUGACCCCGAUGAGGACGAUGAGGCCUACCAGAGCGACCCAGAGGCAGAGCAGGACAGGGUGACUGCUGACCGGGCCCACAUAACCCUUACCAUGGAGGAAACCACCACUGCUCACCCUCCGGCCUUUGAGGAUGCCUGUAGCCCCAACCCGCUGCCUGGAUUCCAGCAGCUGGAAAACUUCUGCUCUCUGCUGGUGAAGAUUGGCCUGACUGCGAACAUUUUAUAUUUCAUAUCCUACUCUGCGCCUCUGAUCGAGCGCCUCAACACCCGCUGCCAACAGCUGUUUGGAAAAACUGUGGAGGAGAAUUUCCGCGCCCCUGCUGCUGUGACAUCAAAUGAGCUGCUUGGUUUGGAGUACCUCUUCAGCCAAAGCACAGGUGAAUCUGGUGCCUUCUCCCUCAGUGACCUCUCAAAGGACGGACCCAGUCCAGAGGAGGAGGUGGUUCAGCCUGACCAGCCUGACCCCGAUGAGGACGAUGAGGCCUACCAGAGCGACCCAGAGGCAGAGCAGGACAGGGUGACUGCUGACCCGGCCCACAUAACCCUUACCAUGGAGGAAACCAACGCUGCUCACCCUCCGGCCUUUGAGGAUGCCUGUAGCCCCAACCCGCUGCCUGGAUUCCAGCAGCUGGAAAACUUCUGCUCUCUGCUGGUGAAGAUUGGCCUGACUGCGAAUAAGCUGAGCCUGACGACGGAGCACAGGAACAGGCUCAUCGCCGCAUGGCACGCUGUCGAGGAACAUGACAAGCAACCACAGAAGUUUCAUCAGCUGUACAGAACACACUGGGGUAACACAUUGUAUUGCCGCACAAAGAGGGACGAUCUUGCUGAUGCUACUGUGAUUCAACGAGUCAAGAUGGCCAAACGCUAUGCACCGGCACAACAGGACAUCAGUGCUCACCACAACAGACUAAUGUACACGCUGGUCAGACUUCUCUGGUCGGGGUUACCUCACAGUUCCAAAACGAGCCCGGAAAAAACAUCCAUCCUGAAGGCCUACGAGAGAAUUCAGCACUGCAUAUUGGUGGAGGAUCCAGUGCUGAGUAAAGUGGGUAUUCCUCUACCAAAGAUUAACAUCAAGACGGUCCGGGAUUUCAUCCGUCAUCAGGAGAGGCUCAUCAACCUGCAGUCAACAAGAAUGCCAUCAGCCACAAUAUCAAAGACUGCGUCGGUCUCCUCAAAAGACUUACCUCCAGCACCACGUCAGCCGUCGGUUCUCCCUCCACCUGACUACCAACAGAUUGUGUAUGAACACAUUCCCAGCAAGGCAGGGACCAAAGUCUUAAAAGAACGAUCAGACAUGGUGAUGUCAGCUCCAAAAAACCUGUCCCAGGCAAAACACCCUGAAUCUCCAUUGACGUCUGACUUACCCCAGCAGAAAACUCCAGCCAUGUCUACCAUCUUCAGACCUCUACCUAGAAUCACUUCAUCCACUGCUCCUACACAAGUUAUUCCGGCCACGUCCACCAACGCCACACCUGUGACAGUGUCUUCCAGCCAGACUGACACGUCACAGACUGCUGACACCCCUUCAGUCUGGUCCAGAGCAACAAUGUACAAAAGAAAAAACACAAUCAUUCUUACUCAAGUUGGAGCAAAGCUUUCACGUGUACACCACUUGCCCAUUUGCACACUUUGCCACCAACCCACUCAGGGACACAAAAAAUAUAAAAAGAAGACUUUUUGUCCCAUGAAAAUGAUGUCGACCUCCAAAGGAUUUGACAACAGAGUGUACACCAGCUAUGAACACUUUACCACAGUUGUGGACUCACAAGAGUGA